ACAUCAACACAAGCAUCAACACCAACCUCAUCGACAACACCAAUACCAACACCAACACCGACAUCAACACCAACAACAACAUCACUACUAAAACUAACAUCAACACCAACAUCAACACAAACAUCAACAUCAUCGACAACACCAAUACCAACACCAACACCGACAUCAACACCAACACCAACAUCAACACCAACGUCCACACCAGCCCCAACACCAACAUCCACACCAACAUCAACACCUACACCUACAUCAACACCAACACCAACACCUACACCGACAUCAACACCAACACCAACAUCAACACCAACAUCAACACCAACAUCCACACCAACCCCAACACCAAGACCCACACCAACAUCAACACCUACACCUACACCAACAUCAACAACAACACCAACACCGAAAUCAACACCAACACCGACAUCAACACCAACAUCAACACCAACAUCAACACCAACAUCCACACCAACCCCAACACCAACACCCACACCAACAUCAACACCUACACCUACAACACCAACAUCAACACCAACGUCCACACCAGCCCCAACACCAACAUCCACACCAACAUCAACACCUACACCUACAUCAACACCAACACCAACACCUACACCUACACCGACAUCAACACCAACACCAACAUCAACACCAACAUCAACACCAACAUCCACACCAACCCCAACACCAAGACCCACACCAACAUCAACACCUACACCUACACCAACAUCAACAACAACACCAACACCGAAAUCAACACCAACACCAACACCGACAUCAACACCAACAUCAACACCAACAUCAACACCAACAUCCACACCAACCCCAACACCAACACCCACACCAACAUCAACACCUACACCUACACCAACAUCAACAUCAACAUUAACAUCAACAUCAACAUCAACAUCAACAUCAACAUCAACAUUAACAUCAACAUCAACAUCAACAUCAACAUCAACAUCAACAUCAACAUCAACAUCAACAUCAACAUCAACAUCAACAUCAACAUCAACAUCAACAUCAACAUCAACAACAACACCAACAACAACAUCAACACCAACACCGACAUCAAAACCAACACCAACACCCACACCAACAUCAACACCUACACCUACACCUACACCUUCACCUACACCUACACCUACACCU